AUGGAGUAUCGCGUGAGUGCCCCGGAAGUGUUGCGAGAUGCGCUAGUUGUCCCCGACAAACUGCUCAUGGGUCCAGGUCCGUCUAAUGCGCAUCAACGCGUUCUGGAGGCGAUGAGCCGACCGAUUCUUGGCCAUUUACACCCGGAAACGCUGAAAAUUAUGGACGACAUCAAGGCGGGUUUGCGGUACCUGUUCCAGACGAAUAACGCCGGCACGUUCUGUUUGAGCGCUUCCGGCCACGGUGGCAUGGAAGCGACCCUGUGCAACCUGCUCGAAGACGGUGAUGUCGUGCUGAUCGGACACACGGGUCACUGGGGUGAUCGGGCGGCCGAUAUGGCCUCUCGGUAUGGUGCUGACGUGCACAUGGUUCGAGCUGCCUCAGGUAGUGCUCUGACGUUGUCCGAGAUCCGGAAAGCCAUCGAAACCCACCGGCCAUCGGUAUUGUUCCUGACACAGGGUGACUCCUCGACGGGAGUGCUCCAGAGUCUGGAAGGUGUCGGUGCGCUUUGUCGAGCGAAUGAUUGUUUGCUGAUCGUGGACACGGUUGCGUCACUCGGUGGUACACCUUUCCACAUGGACCGCUGGGAGGUAGAUGCCGUUUAUACCGGUUCGCAGAAAGUGCUCGGUGCGCCACCAGGAAUUACACCAAUUUCGUUCAACCAUCGAGCCGUUGACCGAUACAAACGGCGCCAGUCAAAGGUGAAGGUGUACUACUGGGAUAUGUUUCUCGUUGGCGACUACUGGGGUUGCUUUGGAAGACCACGCAUCUACCAUCACACGAUAUCAUCAACUCUGCUCUACGGUCUACGUGAAGCAAUUGCCCUGGCAUGUGAAGAGUCGAUCCCAUCGCUCAUUGCCCGACAUCAGGAUUGCGCCAAACGGCUCUACGAAGGAUUGCUUGGCAUGGGCUUCGAACUGUACGCUCAGGAACGGGACAGACUGCCCACCGUUACUACCAUUCGCGUGCCGAAAGGAAUCGACUGGCUGCAGGUUGCGCAGCAUGCGAUGAAGACGUACUUGGUGGAGAUCAGCGGAGGACUAGGACCAACUGCCGGUCAGGUGUUUCGCAUAGGGCUUAUGGGACAGAAUGCUACCAGCGAGCGAGUGGACCGAGUGCUGCAGGUGUUCCAGGACUCGGUCAAAGCGGUUAAACCAGACUUUGCGUUCCGUAGAAAUACGUCAAAAAUGUAAUGUAAAAUGUACCAGAGUGGAAUGUAAAUGGAA